AUGAAUACACAAUAUUACGCGAAUCAAAACGGCCAACAGCAACAGCCAGGGCAAGGCUGGUCUUCGUCGUCGUAUUCUCAACAAGGCAAUGUGGCAUCGAGUGGCUACUACAGCGGCGGUUUCGGUCAGACCAGCAGUCCGUCGAACGGGUAUGCAAUUCAGCAGUCUAUGGCUCCAAAUGGAAUGGGGCAAAUGGUUUCUUCCCAACAAACAGGAUACAUUCCUCCUUAUUAUCCUGGGCAGCAGCAAUUUCAAAUGGGCUAUUCCGAAAACUUCGAAAACUUUGAAGAUAAUGGGUCGUCCAAUGGUUACAACAAUUUCUCCGAUAGCGGAAAUGGCUACAAUAAUAACGGAGGAGAGACUAAUGGAUGGGGAGGCGCAUCAGCCGAGUACACCGCUGACAACUUGUUCCAUCGUACAAAUAGUGGAAUCAACUUCGACAAGUAUGAAAACAUUCCAGUAGAAGUGAGUGGAGAUGCAGUUCCUGCUGCCAUUGAGAACUUCUCUGAAGCUGGAUUCGGACCGGCCGUCAUGGAAAAUGUUACUCAUAGUGGAUACACAAAGCCGACUCCAGUGCAAAAGCACUCUAUUCCAACUCUGUUGGCAAAUCGUGACUUGAUGUCGUGUGCUCAAACUGGUUCCGGAAAAACUGCUGCUUUCCUUCUGCCAAUUAUUCAACAUAUUAUGGCUGGAGGACCAGAAAUGAUCAAGACACCUGCAUUCACAAACGGUCGUCGCACCUACUUCCCAUCCGCCUUGGUUCUUUCGCCAACUCGUGAACUUGCUAUUCAAAUUCACAAAGAGGCUUCCAAGUUCAGUUAUAAGACCAAUCUCCAGACUGCCAUACUGUAUGGUGGACGCGAAAACUACCGCGAUCAAGUCAACCGUCUUCGUAGUGGUGCUCAUAUUCUUAUUGCCACUCCAGGUCGUCUCAUCGACAUCAUUGAGCAAGGAUUCAUCGGUCUCGCUGGAUGCCGUUAUCUUGUUCUUGAUGAGGCUGAUCGCAUGCUUGAUAUGGGAUUCGAGCCACAGAUCCGGAAGAUCGUCGGACAAGGAAUGCCAGCAAAGACUGCACGUACAACAGCCAUGUUUAGUGCAACCUUCCCGAAAGAAAUUCAGCUUCUUGCCAAAGAUUUCUUGAAGGAAAACUAUGUAUUCUUGGCUGUUGGCCGGGUUGGAUCUACAUCUGAGAACAUUGAGCAACGUCUUCUUUGGGUCAACGAGAUGGAGAAAAGACAAAACCUCAUGGAAAUUCUUAUGAACGAAGAUUCCACCAAUUUGGUGUUAGUUUUUGUUGAAACCAAAAGAGGAGCCAAUGAAUUAGCCUAUUUCUUGAAUCGUCAGCAAAUUCGCUCUGUGUCUAUUCAUGGAGAUCUCAAGCAGAUAGAGCGUGAGAGAAACUUGGAAAUGUUCCGCUCUGGACAAUUCCCUAUCCUUGUGGCUACUGCUGUUGCCGCCCGUGGACUUGAUAUUCCAAAUGUUCGUCACGUUAUCAACUAUGAUCUCCCAGGAGAUUCUGAUGAAUACGUUCAUCGUAUCGGAAGAACAGGACGGUGUGGAAAUCUCGGAAUUGCCACCAGCUUCUUCAAUGACAAGAACAGAGGAAUUGGUCGUGAUUUGAAAAAUUUGAUCUUGGAGGCUAACCAAGAAGUGCCAGACUGGCUGCAUCAAGUCGCCGCUGAAGGCCGUAUCGGAGGUGGUCAACGUGGUGGAAACCGUCGCUUCGGAGCCACUGAUUAUCGUCGUGGAAACGGAGGUGGAUCUUUCGCAGGAAACUUCAACUCCUAUAACGCUGGCGGACAAUCUGCUGGUUUUGGAGGCGGUAGUGGUUUCGGCGGUGCUUUUGGAGCAACACGUCGUCCAUUCACCAAUGGUGGUUUCGGUGCCCAAAGUUCUCUUUCAUCUUCUUCCAAUGGCGGAAGCGGUGGCGGGUUUGGAGGUCCAAGAAGAGGUGGUUUCAACAAUGGUAUGAGCCGUCAAAAUGGUGGAGGUUUCUACUCCAAUGGUGGCCCACCAGCCACUAUCGAUCACUGGCAAGCCCCACGCGCCUAA